AUGGAUUCAGAGACUAUUGAAAUUGCAGACCUUGGACGACCCCUGCAUCCUGGCAUGCUGUAUGACUGUCGCAAUGACACCUAUAUCCCAGGAGUCUUACUGUGGGAUCAAGAAGCCAUCAGAAAAGAUGUUGAUGUGAAACCACAGCCCCUCACGCAUGUUGAUGUUAGCACACGUGACUCCCUCAGUGAGAAGACCAAGCUGAUGGAUGUCAGUGCCUCGCUGACAGCAAGCUUCAUAGCAGGGCUCGUGACGGUGGAGAGGUCGGGCAGCUACCUGAAUGACACAUUGUCCUCCAUGCGACAGUGCAGGGCCACAAUGCACUACAAACAAACGACUGAGUUCAAGCAGCUGACUGUGACCCAGGUGGGCAAUGUGAUAUACCCCGAAGUGUUUGACCAGAAGAGUGCCACCCAUGUGGUGACAGCAGUACUGUAUGGGGGUGAGGUCUUCAUGGUCUUCGACCAGAUGGCGUCAAAUGAGGAGGACAAGAAAGUUAUUCAGGGGAACCUGGAUUCGUCCACCAUUAAGAUCCCUAAAGUUGAUAUCAGCAGUUCGGGAAAAUUGAAGCUGACAGACAAGGAGAUGAAGAAGGUGAAGAAGUUCAGCUGCACGUUCCACAGCGAUUUAGCGCUGGAGAACAACCCCACCACUUAUGAGGAAGCCGUGCAGUUGUACAAAAAGCUCCCGGAGCUAAUAGGGGAUGGGAGUAAAGCGGUGCCUGUGAAGGUCUGGCUCUAUCCUCUGAUGAACCUGGACCAAUGCGCAGCCCAGCUGGUCACCAAGAUCAGUGAAAAUCUGGUGACACUUUUGGAAGUCCAGAUGGGCCAGUUACACAAGGCCCAAAUGAGAGCUGACGACGCCAUACAACGAUGUGAGGCCAUUAAGGUCACUGAUUUAAAAGAGAACCUGGUCGAAUUCAAAAACAUAUUGGCCACUUACAAAGACACCCUCCAGAAUAAUCUGAGCAAACUUCUGCCAGCUAUCCGGGAUGGGACAGAGGGGGAAGAGAAACUGGUGGCCACUCUGAAAUUCAUCGAUGAGUCAUCGUUCACUCCUGACAAGAUGGAAAAAUGGCUUGAUGAUAAAGAGUCUGAAGUAGGGGUGCUGGAAAGCUACAUCAAUCUUCUGAAGCAUUGUGACAUUGUGCCACCUGGACCUGAGCUGAAUGCAGUUCUCGGUGAUCCAACCAUUGACCGUGUCUGCAUCUUCAACUUCACCUCUCUGAAGAAGGAGGAGCUGUACCUCUCAAACCUGUUUGAGUGCCUGGCUUCUGAAGAGUUCAGGGCAAUGCAAAACAUCUCUGUAGCUCAGGACCUCAGCUUCAAAGAGGAGUCCCAGCCUUGGUCCAAUGACCCACAGAUCUCUGAAGAAAUGAGAGAUAGGCCCAGGGUCUCAGUCCACACUGCUUCUGGACCAGCUGCCACUCGCCAACUCUUCCGCAUCCUGGGCGACGACAAAGACUUUGGCGACCUCGGCUGGUUGAUACCACAUUGCGUUACAAAUGCCGCGUUCUACAGCGGUCUGCCUGAUCGAACACACGAUGAACUGACCACCUGUGAGCUGCCCUCUAGUCUGGACGGACUGAUUGACCUGGCCAUCCACGUGGAUUCACGCCUGAGGGAUCGACAUUGUGAGAUGUACCAGGGAAACCCGGCGACCCCAGAACUACACUCCUAG